GAGCUCAGCCAGCUAAUGCAUGUCUCUUAUGAGAGGGUGGCAGUGUGAGUAGACUAUAUCUGUAUCUGUUUGAAAGCAAAGACAGACAGAGAGAGAGAGGCGGCGUAUAUCUUCUCCUCUUCUUUGUCCCUCCUCCACCAUAGUACUCCUCCUCACGCCGCAGUCGGUCUCUCCUCGCAUCCCGCCGCAAACAGGAUGACUCACAACAACCUUCACUUCACCCUCACCUUCAUUUAACCCAGCCAGUGUGUUUUCACACACACUGCGCCCCAUUUCUACAUCCAUUCCCCGCUGAAACGGCAGCAGCAUGAUGCCCGACACGGCGGCGGCGGCGGCCGCUGCUGCAUCAUCGGCGAGCAACAUCAGCAGCAGCAGCAGCAGCGACAGCGAGAGCUCGCGGCACAGACACCGAGCACAGGGAGACGCGGAGCGGCCAGAGCAGCAGCAGCACAGCGCUGCCCCCCAGCCCACAUCAGCGGGCGUUUUGGAUAAGCUAUUUGGGAAGCGGCUGCUGCAGGCCGGGAGACACAUCAUGUCCCAUAAAUCCUGGAUGAAGACGGUGCCCACAGAGAACUGUGAUGUCCUUAUGACGUUUCCAGACACCACAGAUGACCACACGCUGCUCUGGCUUCUGAACCACAUACGGCUCGGCAUCCCAGAACUCAUUAUCCAGAUCCGACAUCACAAACACACCAGAAUGUACGCCUUCUUCGUCACGGCCACAUACGAAAAUCUUUUACGAGGGGCUGAAGAGAUGGGACUGCAGAAAGCUGUGAAGCCGGAGUUUGGUGGCGGCUCUCGCAGUUUCUCCUGUGAGGAAGAUUACAUCUACGAGAACAUUGAGAGUGAACUCUGUUUCUUCACCUCACAGGAACGUCAAAGCAUAAUCAAAUACUGGCUGGACAAUCUCAGAGCUAAACAUGGGGAGGCCCUUCACAACAUCCACUUCCUGGAAGGGCAGCCAAUCAUUCCUGAGCUGAGGGCGCGAGGUGUGAUCCAGCAGGUCUUCCCGCUUCAUGAGCAGAGGAUUCUGGGACAGCUGAUGAAGUCAUGGGUGCAGGCCGUGUGUGAAAAGCAGCCACUGGAUGAUAUUUGUGAUUAUUUUGGCGUGAAGAUUGCUAUGUACUUCGCCUGGCUGGGUUUCUACACCACAUCUAUGUUGUAUCCAGCUGUUAUUGGCUUUGUAUUGUGGAUGCUCACAGAAUCAGAUCAGACCAGCAGGGAUAUCUGUUGUGUGGUGUUUGCUCUAUUUAAUGUGGUGUGGGCCACGUUGUUCCUGGAGCGCUGGAAACGCAGAGGAGCAGAGCUCGCCUAUAAGUGGGGUACACUGGACACCCCAGCUGAGUCACUGGAGGAGCCCAGACCACAGUUCAGGGGUGUGAAGAGGUGCAGUCCUGUGACGGGCUGUGAAGAGUUUUAUUACCCACCAUGGAGGAGGAGAGUGUUCAGAUGGCUGGUCAGCUUUCCCGUCUGUAUAUUAUGCCUUUGCUUUGUAUUUCUGGCCAUGCUUGUCUGCUUUGAGCUUCAGGAAUUUGUGAUGGGGAUUAAGGAGCUUCCACGUGUAGCAAGAUUCAUCCCUAAAAUCAUGUUGGCCAUCACUGUGACGGCGUGUGACGAGGUGUACAGAAAGAUCGCCUGCUGGCUAAAUGACAUGGAAAACUACAGACUCCAGAGUGCCUAUGAGAAAAAUCUCAUCAUCAAAAUGGUUCUUUUUCAGUUUGUAAAUUCUUAUCUCAGCCUUUUCUAUAUUGGAUUCUACCUCAAAGACAUGGAGCGUCUGAAAGAGAUGCUGGCCACACUGCUGAUUAUCCGGCAGUUUGUGCAGAACAUGAAGGAAGUCCUGCAGCCCUACCUGGCCGAGCGGCACCGAUUGGGUGAGCUCACGCUGCGGGCCGUUUGGGAGCUGCUGGUAUCUGCGCUGCUCAAGUACGGGCGCCUCGCAGCAGGCCGAGCGCAGGUGUCGCCCAGCGACCCCACCGUGCUCGGGUCAGGCCUGCACGGGCCACAAAUGGGCGAGGAGGGCCCUCAGGAGAGACGAGAACGCAAGUGUCUGAACGGUGGCUGUGGUGUCCCAGAUGAGGAUGUGGAGGAGGAGCCUGGGGAGAGGCACAGCGAAGAAGAGAACGAAUCGGAGAGCCUCAUCGACUGCGGCCUGAAGCUACGGAAGGUCAGUUUUAUUGAGAAGGUGGAGCGUAAGUCCGCAAGCUGCGUCAGCCCGGUGGACGACAGCUUCCUGGAGGAAGGGAGCCCCACCAUGGUGGAGAGGGGCAUGGAUCCUGCCUCAGUUUUCGAGAUGUGCGAUGAUGAUGAAGAAAACGGGGUUCAGGAGAUGAAGGAGCUGACAGCCGAGCCGCUGCCAGCGGGAGUGGAGAACAGCACGUCAGUCAGGCUUAGGAAGAGGGGGCGGAGCUUAGAGAGGGCUGACAGUAAGACCAAGAGAGAUUCAUGGAUGGAUCCUCCUGAGGAGCAGGAAACCACAACGCUAACACAGGCCGAAAUGGAGAGCUGCAUGCAAACAUACCAGGACACUUUUCAGGACUACCAGGAGAUGUUUGUUCAGUUUGGAUAUGUGGUGCUCUUUUCCUCUGCCUUCCCAUUGGCCGCCAUGUGUGCCCUCAUCAACAAUAUCAUUGAGAUCCGGAGCGACGCGUUUAAACUGUGCACCAGCUUACAGAGACCUUUCGGCCUGAGGGUGGGGAGCAUUGGGCAAUGGCAGACAGUGAUGGAAGCCAUGGGUCUGAUUGCCAUCAUAGUGAACUGCUAUCUGAUUGGUCAGUGUGGGCAACUGCAGAGACUGUUUCCCUGGCUUAGUCCUGAGAUGGCCAUUAUCUCCAUCGUCAUCCUAGAGCACUUUGCAGUACUACUGAAGUAUAUCAUUCAUGUGGCAAUACCAGACAUCCCCAGCUGGGUCGGAGAGGAAAUGGCCAAGCUGGAGUUUCAGCGCAAAGAGGCGUUUAAGAAGCAUGAGCGUCAGGCACAGCAACAUUUCCAGGAGCAGCAAAGGAGGAAGCGUGAAGAGGAGGAGCGGCAGCGCCAGGCGGAGUAUCAGGCCCGUCGUGAUCGAGAUGACGGCCGCUCGGACUCGUCGGGUGGUGAUCACCACCACGACAAGAGCCACAGUGGCAAAUCCAGACCAGGGGGUGGGGGAGGCGCUUCUGGAGGGGAGAAACCCAAACGUCCCAGCUCGCUUCUCGGAAACAACAAUGUCAUGAAACUAAAGCAGAUCAUCCCUCUACAGAACAAGUUUUCCUCCGGCACAGCCCGUUCCCCGCAGUCACCCACGGGUAGCGAACCCAAGCUACCAGGUUUCCUUAGUUUUAAGUUCCUAAAGUCUCCUGAGAACAAGAAGGAGGCGGCGACGGCUACCGCUAGUGCGUCAACAGCUCCUCCAGUCCAGGAAAGGGCUGAAAGGUCCCAAUCACCCAACAAGUCCUUCAAUCCUGGAAAACUCUUUAACUUUGGGAAAUCAGAAGGAGGGGCAUGUGUGAAUGGGGCUCAGCCGUCAAAACCAGGGGAUGGGGGACAGGUGCAGGACAAGCCCCCAACAAAGUCCGACCUCAACGGGGUCCCGGACGAAAUCCCAUCCCCUUGUGGAGAGAAUGGGGAGAAUGGAUCCUCAACUGAUACUGAUCCAUCAGGCCCUAAGAUGUAACCAGAAAAUGAUCUCCAGUUAAAAAAAACAGUGAGAAACUACUUAGUAACACUGAGGGUGGGAGAGUGGGAAUGUUUUAUGAGGCUGUGCAAGACUUGACCUGGAAGCUGUUAAGUAGACAUAAUGGGGAAUUCACUAAAGGCCGGGGUGUACUUCAUUUUCCGUAUUCUGCUCCGUCUAGCAAACAAGAGACCGUGGAAAUAUACUCUAUUGACACUGAACAUAGAUGUGUUUAGCACGCACGCCACCUAGUGGACUUCUCUUUUUGUACAUGCAUAAGUCAAAAAUUUGGCGGUAAGGAUUUAUGCUGAUAACUCAUUGUUCCAGCAAUCGAUUAUCGGUGCAGAUUAAUCGGUUACUGGAACAAUUAUCGGUGCCGAUUAAUCGGUAAAGUUGACAGAUAGCGAGCGUUAAAAUGUUCGAAACUUUUAAAAACACAACAAAAAAAUUGCUUGCUGCUGGAAAAAAUACACAAACAUCCAUUUUAAAUACAAAUUUGUUUUCCAUCAAUGCUGAUCUGGCGCAUUUUAUAAUGCACUCCAUUUGCAUACUACAAAUGAUAAUACAAUUGGGCAUGGCUAAUAACAGAAAUUGCAUCACAUGGACUAUUAACUAGCCAGAGCAGGACAUGGACUAGGGAAGUUUACUUUCGGCUUUAGAAUAUCUUGAGUCCACAGAUUAGCGUUGUGCAUUUGCACGUGCUGCGUGCUUUGUUUUAGCACCCGAUUCACUGAAGUAAGCGUAUCAGGUAAUGCUCAACACUAGAGGUCGACUGAAAGCGGAUUUUACCGAUAACGAGAACUAUGUUGCACCACGCUGGCUGAUAACCGAUUAAUCAACCGAUACUGAAUAAAAAUAAACAUAACACUCCAUAUAAAAUAGUGCUGAGCUUCAUUACAAAAAAACAGUACUGAAACAUGAAAAUGUACUGUAGAUUUUAAAUGAUAUAUAAAACGAUUUGGGUCAAAUCUAAUGUAAUGGAAAAAUGCUAAUGGAAAUUCCCACUGAAAUUGGAUGUGUUACUGAUUUGUUUAUGUUUCUGUUUGCUUUCUCGCAUCACUAGCUUUAAAUAUGCAACUUUGCUGGCUAAGAAAUGAAUAAAAGUGACUGGCUGGAUAUCAACUAAAGCAAAAAGACGUUAAACAUUUAGGACUUUUGUCACGUUUUAGCCGCCUGAGGUGCUACUAAUGUUAGCAUCGUUUCAGCCUUGACAGCAAACAUACUGCUGGUAUUUCUCUACUAUUGUAACAACAAAUUAAGUCAACAAAUGAAUUACUUUAUAAUAAUAUGAAAACAUUCACUGUACUUAAUACACACCAUUUCGUUGUCUAUGUUUCAAAUUCGCAUCUGAAGUAUCCCAGUGAUUCACCUUUAGAGGGCGCUUUUGCACUGUAUAAUCCUUCUCAGCCGCUCCAGAAACGAACCCUACCUGGAAAAACUAUCAGUACGGAUUUAUGCCAAUAACUCAUUGUUCCAGCAAUUGAUUAUCGUGCCGAUUAAUCGGUUACGGGAACAAUUAUCGGUGCCGAUUAAUCGGUAAAACCGAUCAAUCAGUCAGUUCUAGUCAACACAAAAUUAGUAAUGAGGAUGCCUGCGCCUUAUUUCCAGACAAAAGCUGACAGAUAGCGAGCAGUAAAAUGUUCGCAACUUUAAAAAAACGACAAAAAAAAUUUGCUUGCUGCUGAAAAACACACAAACAUCCAUUUUAAAUACAAAUCUGUUUUCCGUCAAUGCUGAUCUGGUGCAUUUUAUAAUGCACCUCAUUUGCAUAGAUAACUCAUAAUUUAAAUACGCAUGGCGCAGUGCAAUAUCGGCGCAUAUACAACCUGGUUAAGUUGGUAAACGACGCAUGGUUUCGCUACAGUGGUGCAACCGUUUAGUGAAUUCACCCCAUAAUGGUUAAUGCUUCGCUAUAUUUCAGAAGAACUUCGUAAAAAAGACCCCCCCUCCACACACACGCACACUUAUCCACACACACAUUGCCUUUUCUGCAACCCAAAUAGGAAUGCAUGAGCUGCGUUUCUGACGGUUUUUGAAGUGCAAUGUUUAAUUACUAGUCUAAAAAUUGUAACAUUUUAUUGGGUUGCCGAUAUAAAAAAAAAAACCGUACAAAUCAAUCACACAGUGCGACCUCCGAAAUAUCAUAACAACUAUAAUCUCACAAGCAGCAGUUUCAAUUAUGGGUGAUGAAAACGUUUGUACAUGUUUAAAAAAGUUGGUUUAGUAGAGCAAUAGCAACUUUACAAGCAAAAACUACUGGUGGUUUAGUACGUCCAUACCGAAUAGGCCCCGAAUGGCAAUAUUUUCAUGUUAAUUAUCAAGUGAAAAUCAAUAAUGAAAACUGCAAUGAAACAAAUGCGAAGGGUUGUGUGAUGUUGAUUAUUUGUCCGAAAUUCAUUUAUCCAUUUCACACUAUUGUAAAGCGCUGUACACAAAGGCAGCAGGAUGAGCCGGAUAGAUCGUGAAAAUUAGUGUCAUCUCCUGAAUUUGAUGGUCAUCGCAUUGCAUCUGUUUUGAACCUUCAAGCUCAAAUAUUACCUAUAGUGCAGACUUUAACCCUUCUUAACUACAUUACGUCAGAUUGGAAACUACCCUAAACUUUACUAGUGUUGAAACAAACCUCCAUACACCUCCAGUCAAACAUUUGGACACACUGAAAACCCUUUUCUAUAAAAAAGCUUCUGCUAGACUUUUUUUUUAAAUUAAAAAUGAAGGUGACUUUUAAGAAGCUUAAAUAUAACAUUUUUAGUCAGUACUUAAAUCAUAUACAUUGUUAUGUAUAUGAAUUAUACAUAUAAUUCACAUAUUUCCGUUUGUAUUACUUCAUAGUUUUGAUAUCUUUCCUAUUUUCUCAAAUGUGUUUCCAAAAUGUUGACUGGUAGUUUAUGAUGAUAAUAAUUGGCUAAUUAAAUAUUAAUGAGCCAUUUUCCUGCAAGCCAAUGUAGGCAGCCUCAUUACAUAUGAAAAUACUGUAUUUUAUUUGUUAUUAAUACACUACCGAAAUAGUCCACUGUAGCUAUUAUUAAUCUACUUGUUGCCAACUUCAUUUUAUUCAUGCCUACCUAUGUUUGUGUUUGUUUUUUGUUUUUUUACUGAAGCAAAAGUAAUAUUUGCCUCCUCUUUGCACAUAGUGUCAAGUCCUAUUGUUUUUGUGUAAAGCUGCUAAGCACGUGCUUCGGUUUGGAAAUGUGAAGGAAGCUGUAAAUGUUUUUCCAACAAACUAUCUCUGUCUGUAGAGGCAGUUUGAGUGUGUGUUUUAUCAAAGAACUACUUUGAAUGACUAAGUUUGUCCUGAGCAACUAAGGGAGGGUCUUAUCUUAACACAAUGUACUCAGCUGUUGCUAUCAAAACCCAUUACAGAAGUCACAAUGUCACACCCUAUGAGGGGUUUCUAUGAAGCAGUUGAAUCUGUGUAAAGCUGUUUAUAUUUCAGCAUAAGGUCAUGAAGAAACGAGAGGUGCCUCAUGUAAUGGAAUAUUACAUUUUUAAUUUUAAGUUUCAUAGAAAACAAAACAAACUAUGCAUUUAGUUCUUUAUUUGGUUGACAGAAUUUGCUGAAGAAGUUGUUGCAAUAAUAAUUUUGGCCUGAAUGGUAGUUUUAAUGUUUUAUGUUCUAAAUUUGUUUCGUACACGUUAAUCAAGCCAUUAAUUAUGGUUAUAGAUCAGUUUCAUUUCAUUGAUAAAUUCAUCCUUUACUACAACCAACAACAAUAUAUGGGUCUUAAAUUUUUUCCACCAAAUACUGUCUCCAGAAAAGGUCACCUGUAAGAAUGGCUUUAAAAAAGUCAAUAACUGGUAAAGAAUUGAAAGUGUUUGUUUGUAGGGGUCGUUUUCUUUUUGAAUUGAACUCUGCAAAAUGAUUGAUCUUGGUAUAUUAGAAACCAUCAGGCUGCUGUAAUGUUUCAGUAUCAUCCGUCCAUAUCAUCUCUGCGAUUCAUGUAGUCGGACCAUCGGACUGGCCUAGUAACAUUCACGUUUUGUGUUAUCGUUUAAUUUGAUGAUUCGAGUAGUCAAGCUAGAAGCUGGAAGCAUUACGAGGCUGCGUAGGUUUGUCGUCUAAGAACUGCUUUACAUUGGGUCUAACUGUGAAAUCUGAAGUGAUUGUGAUGAGGGGCCGCAGAACUCCCUCUGUGAAGGCAACCUCACAAACCUAUCAUGAGCUCUUCCAAUGUUCCACUGUAAAACUUUUCUUUAUUAAAGAAACAAUAUUAGGGAAUGGGAUUAUUUAUUUCUUUUAUUUUGUCAUAUUUUUGUAAGAAUUGAAAUGGGAUAAUAAACAGAUUUAAAUUUA